UGUCAUUGUGGACAUCCCAUAAUACUAUUGAGCAUAAGCCGUAAGCCUCAGUAGCCUGGAAAUAGUGUUGCUGUCAAGGUAACGCGUUCAAGUGUAUUAAAUUUACCUCUUCAGUUGUGAAAGACUGUGAAGUCCAAAAGGGAAGUUGCGCGUUUUUUCCCUGUGAUUUGAAUUGAAGGCAUGGAAGACGAGCCGCCCUCCAGAAAGGCGGAGGAGGGUAGUUUAUCUAAGCGGUCACAGAGGCAGCAGGAGCGGCAGGGGAAACUUCCAAGGAGACGCAAAGAAGUGAAGAGGUCUCUUCGGAGGCCAGACUGUCCAGAACACCUGUUGGGGGGAAGCGUACAUUGGUUGCCUGAGCAUCCCGGAUCAGAAGCUUCUGCAUCAGUGGAGGACACUGCUGAGAGCUGCCCAAAAAGAUGGGAUAGAUGCAGACGAGGGCACUUUCUACAUGGACCAUAUCCUGCUACUCACUUUGGACCCAAAGCUUGUGUUCUUCCCAACCCAACCUCAGUCAUGCACAUUCAGGAUCCAGCCAGCCAGCGGCUUACCUGGAGCAAACCACCGCUCAACGUCCUGGUCAUCAGAAAGAUCCGAGAUGAGACCCUUCUGGAGCCGUUCAAAGAGCUUUGCAGGUUCCUCGUGGAGGAGAAACAUCUGAUGGUUUAUGUGGAGAAGAAAGUUGUGGACGAUGGCUCUCUCAUGAGGGAUGACUCAUUUUCAGCCUUUCGCAAUCAGCUGUGCACAUUCAGGGAAGGGUUUGAUGACAUCUCGGACUGCAUCGAUCUGAUUAUUUGUUUGGGUGGAGAUGGGACUCUUCUGUAUGCAUCAUCUCUUUUCCAGGGCAGCGUUCCCCCGGUCAUGGCCUUCCAUCUGGGCUCCUUAGGAUUUCUCACACCAUUCAAGUUUGAGUCUUUUAGAACAGAGGUGGAUAAAGUGUUUGAAGGUAAUGCUGCCAUCAUCCUGCGCAGUCGUCUGAAGGUUAAGGUGGUGAAGGGCACGUUCCAGAGGAACGAGCAGCUCCUCAGUGCUCAGGAGAACGGAAUAUUGCCUCAUAACCACAUAAACAAUGAGGCAGGCAAAAUCACACUACAGUUACAGGUGCUAAAUGAGGUGGUGGUGGACAGAGGGCCUUCAUCCUACCUGUCUAACGUCGACCUUUACUUGGAUGGACGCCUCAUCACAUCUGUACAGGGAGAUGGUGUAAUAGUUUCCACCCCCACAGGCAGCACAGCCUAUGCUGCCGCAGCGGGAGCUUCCAUGAUCCACCCUAAUGUCCCUGCCAUCAUGGUCACCCCCAUCUGCCCUCACUCCCUCUCUUUUAGACCCAUCGUGGUGCCCGCAGGAGUGGAGCUCAUGAUAACGCUGUCGCCUGAUGCUCGCAACACAGCCUGGGUCUCGUUUGACGGCAGAAAGAGGCAGGAAAUCCAGCAUGGGGACAGCAUUAAGAUCACAACCUCUUGCUUUCCGGUCCCUUCCAUCUGUUGUCAUGAUCUGGUGUACGACUGGUUUGACAGUCUGGCUCAGUGUCUCCACUGGAACGUCCGCAAGAAGCAAACACGUCUAACGGAUGCCAGCGACUCUUCAGAAACGGAGAACUGAAACAUCACCACAAAACUCUCUGUUGACUUUACAUUCCAUCCUGACUCACUGAAAAGGGGGUUAGAGUUCAAAAUUCUUAUUUUUACAUUGCACAUUUCUAUGUUCAUAGAUUUACAGAUUUCAUUAUAAAUCGCAAUAAGUGCUCGUGUGCUACCUGAGAAAUAACACAUUUAUUGUUAGAGGUUAGCCUGGAUUACUUGCAAUUUAACGGCAACAAAACGUUUGCUUAACAUAAAAUGUCAUAGUGCGACUGCUAAACAUCGUUAUGCAGACAGUAUUUCUUAGAGAAUUGUUUUUGCAGCUGACCGCUUCACAACAUGCUAAAUAACUGAUCUGAUUUAUUAUAGUAUAUUUUGUAUGUUUUUUUUUAUUACAAUACCAUUUAUUAAGAAUUAUUUAAAAAUCCACUAACAUUUAAAUUUGUACUGUAGGUUAUGUAGAUUCAUCCACUUCUAAAUAGUUUAGGUAACAUUAAUUACAAAUCAUCCACCACAUAUUUGAACUUGAAAUGCACAUUAUAGCAGGAAAUGUGUUGCAAGUCAUUUACUGAGCAUAAAAUGUUCAUUUUGAGUUUUUUUUUUUUUUUUGUGUGUGUGUUUAACUCUGUAGCUGUUAGCUAAAUUGACCACAAACUCCUCACC